AUGCAGUCCCUGAUCAUUUCAGUCGCCUCUUCUUGCUCAAUCCUAUUCGAAACUUAUUUAUCCAAAUCUAUUUCUUCAUUUCUUGUGAUUCUUAUGAAGGUAUUGAGAAUCGAUGCGUUUCUUGUUUUGGAAAAAGUUCCCCACUGGUAUUCUUCGUUCACAUCUAAUGUGGUCUUGAAUUUUAUUGGAUGUUUCUUUUAUUUUCCUGCAGCCUUCUCGUGCUAUUAUUGGGACCUUCUGAUCCUUUUUGCGGAAUGAUGAUGAGAGUCAUGAUAGGCGAUGAUAUACAGCAUCUGAGUGCGUUUUUACUAAAAAUCAAAAACAUAAAAGACAACUUAAAACUACAAACAAAAAAUAGAAAUAAAAAUUGGCCGUUCCCUUGCUGUAACACUGCCGACAAAGGUGUUGGCAUCUUGUUACCUUGCUGAUUUCGUUUUCCUUGCGUUUCUGAUCCUACUCGGUAUCAUGAUCCCAGGUUAAUGUCAUCAAAGUGCGCAGCUGUGCAGGCAGGUAGAACAAGACAACACUGGAAGCACUUAGCGCGUGUCUAACUUCCUUACUUUCGAUAGCUAUCCUUUUUUUCGUGUGUUCACCCUUACGUGAUUUACUUCAUUUCUUUGUGUCGCUGCAUAAGAAUUGUUUCAUCAAAGGCUGACUGAGGUGGAGUGAAAGUGGAGUUAUAAAUGAAGUACGAAGAGAUGCCGAAAAUAAACAAGUAGAAAAGAAAAAUCAGCACCAUUCGGUCUAAAAAAUCUGAAAUAUUUAUUAGAAAUGACUGCUCGAGAUCAUGACUCUUUGUCUUUCAGGGGGUCCGAGCGGCGCACAGAAGAAUACGCAAGAACACUCGUGCUCCUAGGUGGGUCGUUCGGAAAGCUGUAGAAGGAUACAUGUCCACAUAGAAGUGAACUGCGCUAUCUCCGACUCUGACAUACUACUUGAAUCUAGUGAAGAAAUAAUUCGAAGAUUGUACAACGCACGAGGUCGAACUGAGCCUGCCUGGCUUUGUUGAUGUAAUGAGCGCUGACUGGUAACUAGUACUUGAUUGCUCCUCCUGCAUAUUAUAAUUUAUUCUAAUUGACUAGAUAAUAGGGGACUACGACUAUGGACGGCCAUCUCUUCGUUUACUUUCAGCAGACGGCCUCGCCACAUAAAAAAAUGUCCUCUUUUACUCUUUCUUAGAGAAACAAAUCAAAAUUCGUGAAUCUUCUUCUUCUUCGUUAUUUUCCGACCCAGAACCAGAAGAUGAAAUAUUGUCAAGGAAAAGGAAUAUAAGCAUUUCUGCCUUGUGGUCUCCGAGCGCAAAGUUACACUCCGCUGUAACGACUCACUUCUAAUUAUAUUUCCUGAGAAAAUGAAGAUGAACAGGAACCUCAUCCGUGGAAUAUAGAGGGAUGAGUACUUCUUGUAUCUCUGAUCGGGUGACUAUUGUCCGACUCUAUUUAAAAUAUAUUGUCUGAGGUAAUCGUCCUGCUCUCUCAUGAUCCAGAAAAAAUUUUGAAGACACGACGAAGCAUGAGUGUCAACAUGCACGCAGGAGAAUCGAGAACUACAGACUGCUACUUAGACAAUGUUGAGAAUAUAACAGGGCGAGGAUAUUUGUUGAUGAUGUAUUUUCUUGUUCACGAAUACACAUCAGGAGAUUGCAGGACCAAUAAAUUUAGAUUUCCGCGAAGCAAGUACAGGGACCACAAAUUGGCAAAUUUUUCGUAGAGAUGUAAUGCAAUCUUCAGCACCUCGCAUAUUCAAAAUUUCUUCCGACUGCUGCAAGAUUGGAGUUGCACAUAGGGAGCUCCGUUUCUCGCGUGUCUGUAAUUCUUGAAUUCGUUGAUCGACUGGAC